GUGCGUGGUAGGGCCGGGCCCGGGUGGGUGCCGGGCGCGCUAGACCCCCAUGAAGCGCAAGAGCGGGCGCGGGCCGCUCGGCGGCCGUGGCGGAGGUGGGCAGGGGCCCCUGAAGCGGCUAACGCUGGCGGUGGAGGAGUUCGUGCGGGCCACCUGUGAGGGGCCGCCGCCGGGGUCCCGAGCCGAGGGUCGCGGCGGGCCGUCAGGCUCCCGCCCGGGGCGGAGGAACAGCCGCAGGGCGCUGAAGAGGGAGAAGCGACACCUGAGGAAAGCGCGCCGGUUCCGGUGGACUGCGGGCCCUGCCCAGAGUCCGGGCCCAGGAAGCCGCGGCGGGGCCCGAGAAUCGACUGGCCCCCACCGGGCCCCCCCGACCGCGAGCCGGGCCCCCCCGACCGCGAGCCGGGCCCGGCCUCCUCCCAAGAAGCUGCGACCGCCCCAGGCGAAGGCCGGCGCACCCAAGGCCCGAGCCGGUCCGAGGGGGCCCCCGGGGGAGGCCACCCCGUCCUCGCCCGCCACCGCCGCGGCUCGGAAACGGGCGCUGCUGGCGGCCAACGAGGAAGAGGACCGAGAGAUCCGGAAGCUGGAGCGCCGCCUGGGCUUGAACAAGCGUAAGAAGAAGGGCGACGGCAGCUCUGGCUCUGUGCCGCUGAGCUUCGCUCGCGAUGGGCUGGGCUAUAUCCUGGGAGCCCUGGAACCUGGGAACGGCAGUGGCUUCUACGAGAGCAGCAGUGAGGAGGAGGAGGAGGCUGGGCAGCCGCUGCCCGAAAGGGAUCCCGAGAGCGACACUGAGGAAGGAAACGAAGAGGAGGACGCUGUUGAGGAAGGAGAGGAAGAGGGCGAAGAGGGAGCGCAGAGUGAGGAGGAGCGUGUAGAAGAGGAAGCAGCAGCAGACAGGGGCGCGCAGGAGAAGGGGGGGAGAAGGAAAAAAAGGGUUCAUUUUGCAGAAGAGGAAGAAAGUGAAGGUUCUUCAGAGGACGGUGAAGCAACAGAUGAGAGCCUUUGUGAAAGUGGUCAGAAAUAUAUUCCACCUCCUGUGAGGCGAGCUGAGGAAAAAGUGGACGCUCAGAAAAAGGAGGAACUGGAGCGGUUAAAGAAACAAGUAAAAGGCCUAGUUAACAGGCUGAGUGAACCAAACAUGGCCUCUAUAAGUGGACAGCUGGAGGAACUGUAUAUGGCUAACAGUAGGAAAGAUAUGAAUGACACUCUAACAGGUGUCCUCAUGAGUGCGUGUGUUACUGACGCGGCCAUGCCCACCCGGCUGAUGAUGGAGCAUGUUCUUUUAGUUAGCAUUCUUCAUCACACAGUAGGAAUCGAGGUCGGUGCUCACUUUUUGGAGGCUGUGGUGAGGAAGUUUGAUGAUGUAUAUAAAAACGGAAGUGAAGGGAAGGAAUGCGAUAACCUUUUUUCCAUUCUUGCCCAUUUAUACAACUUCCACGUGGUACAGCCUCUCCUCAUCUUUGAUAUUUUGAAAAAACUCAUUGUAACUUUCACAGAAAAAGACAUUGAGUUGAUUCUAUUAAUGCUGAAAACUGUGGGCUUUUCACUGAGAAAAGAGGAUGCCUUAUCGCUGAAGGAACUGAUCGCUGAAGCCCAGAAGAAAGCCAGCGGAGCAGGUGGCAGGUUUCAGGACCAGACCAGGAUUCGGUUCAUGCUAGAGACCAUGUUGGCACUGAAGAAUAACGACAUGCGUAAAAUUCCAGGCUAUGAUCCAGAGCCUGUAGAGAAACUGAGGAAGUUACAAAGAGCUUUGGUGCGCAAUCUUGGCUCAGGGACAGAAACUCGGCUUCGAGUCUCCUGGGAGAGUGUCCUGAAUGCAGAGCAGGUUGGUCGCUGGUGGAUUAUAGGGUCAUCGUGGAGCGGAGCCCCAAUGAUUGACAGCAGUGAUAAGAUCCAGCAGAAGCGGUUUGCAGGGACGGUUAGUUCAAAGAUACUAGACCUUGCCCGCAAGCAGAGAAUGAACACCGAUGUCCGGAGAAACAUAUUCUGUGCAAUAAUGACCAGUGAAGACUUUCUGGAUGCAUUUGAAAAGCUUCUAAAACUUGGCCUUAAGGACCAGCAGGAGAGAGAAGUAGUUCACGUUCUCGUGGAUUGCUGCCUUCAAGAGAAGACAUACAAUCCUUUUUAUGCAUUUUUGGCUAGCAAGUUUUGUGAAUAUGAAAGGCGAUUUCAGAUGACUUUCCAGUUCAGCAUAUGGGACAAAUUUCGGGAUUUAGAAAAUUUGCCAGCUACUAAUUUCUCUAACUUAUUUCAUCUUGUGGCCCACUUAUUGAGGACAAAGUCGCUUCCACUUUCCAUUUUAAAGGUAGUUGAAUUCAGUGAGUUGGACAAACCCAGAGUCCACUUUUUACGGCAGGUGUUAUAUAUGCUGUUAAUGGAAACAGAAGUUGAAGACCUCUGUUUAAUUUUUGCAAGAGUAUCUGACAACCCAAAGUUGGGAAUGUUACGGGAAGGUUUGAAACUUUUUAUUAGCCACUUCUUAAUGAAGAAUGUACAGAUCCACAGAAGUGCUGAGGAAGCCAACCUACUGAGAGAAAGAGCUGACCUUGCAACCAGAUCUUUACAGGGAAAGUCCUCCCUAAGAAUGUAACCCGGGGACAGGAGUGGAAGGUGAUCGUCAUUUGACUGUAAAACGGCCUUUUUGCACCCCAGAGGCCUGUUACUCUGCUUUCUGUGUAUAAAAGUUUAGUGGAGCUAUAUCAUGGUCUAUUGUAUUUUAAGAUACGAUAAUUUUUUUAUCCAAAGUUAUAUUGUGUUUGUGUUUUAAACUAUUUUCAAACAACUGCAUAGAAAGGGUCUCUGGGUGGUGCAAAUGGUUAAGUGGUCAGCUGCGAACUGAAAAUUUGGAGGUUGGAGUCUGUCCAGAGGUGCCUUGGAAGAAAGACCUCGCUAUCUACACCUGGAAAAAAAUUAGCCAUUGUUAAGCCUGUGGAGGACAUUAUACCCUGACACACAUGGGGUCCUCAUGAGUCAGAAUUGAUUUGACUGCACCUGGGGGCGGGGGGAGGUGUCUCUGUGUGUGUGUGAGUGUGAGUGAUAGGAGAAGCGAAGGGGGGCGAGGACAGACAGGCUGGACAGAAUGUUCUCUAGUAUAUGUGUCUAAUUUUUUUAACCCUUUAAAGAAUUUUUUUUUUUGUGUGUGUGUGGUGCUAUGCUUUUUCACUAAUGGCUUGGAUGCUGGAUCAUUGUUGGUAGUUCUUUAGUAUUUGAAAAAAUGUUGUGCCAAUUGAAAGUGGGCCAUAUUGGACCCAUGAGGUACAUCACAACACGGUAUCGGUCCCAUUGCCCAGGAAGUGUAUCACAAACUGCUUUCAUGGAGGCAAGCACUUUAUAAAAGAUGUCAUCCAGGGAGGUGACUAAUGCAGGCUGGCCAUGUCAGACCCAUGUUCCAUGAAGCACAAAAUAACUCAUUUUAUCUGAAUAUUUCUGAAUGCCAGUAACUGACCUUCCCAGUACCACAAAGGAAAUAGUAACCAUAUGUGCAUGUACUCCUCCAGGAAGCGUCCCCUCUUAUGAAUGGCUCUGAACACGCAAAUGUAGUGCAGGCCGACUUCCUUGUUCUUUAGGCAGCUCCAACAGUAUCCACUGUGGUGCCAGAUCGUACUGAUGUGGCUCAGAUGCCUGCCAGUACACCUCCAGGGGCAGAAGUGGGAAUGGUAGGCUGAGGUCAGACACGGUCUGAAAGUGUUAAAUGAGUAGCAUGGUGAAAUUGCCUGCCUUCCCGCUCCAUCUCGCCUGGGGGCUACAUUCACGUAUUUUUUAUUACAGUAUGUUGUUAAAUAAUUGUAUUUUAUUAUUAUUAUUAAUCUCUUACUGUGCCUAAUUUAUAAAUUAAACUUUAUCAUAGGUAUGUAUAUAUAGGUCAGAACAUACUAUGUGUAGGGUUUGGUACUAUUCACGGUUUCAGGCAUCCACAGGGGGAGGUCUUGGAACAUACCCCCCACAGAUAAGGAGGGACUACUGUCUCUAUGAAAGACAAACGUAAAAUGGGCCACUAGAGGGUGCAGUUAUCAUAAAGAAAUUGAUUUUAUCUUUCUCCAUUGAUUAAAAGUUCAAAAACCAUGCAAUUAAAUGUGAUGGUUCAUAUUUAAUUUUAAGUAUUUGGAAUGCAGUUAAAUUUUUGAAAAGUCAGUAAUUGGCUUAAGCCUUGCAGAUACCAUCUUACGUACAAUACAAUGCAAUAGAUAUUUUUCACUAUUACUCAACUGAAAUUUUUACACAGUAAAGAAUAUUCUUAACUAUUUUUAUAAACCUGUUCUCAUCAAGUCUAGAUUGUAAAUGUACCGUCUUGAACAACUUUGAAGUCACCAGAUAGAUAUUGGACAUUUAAUGGGCACUACUUGCUGUGCUAGGGUCUCAGAGGUGUAAAUACAAUAAAACAAUUACUGCCUACAAGAGAUUAACAUUUAUCUAGUGAGGCAGAACAAACAUACACCCCACUUACUAAGUACUGUGAUUUGGUAAAGAAGUACAAAAUUUCUUUGUAUACCUAGUAUCUACCACACAUUCAAAAUCAAUAAGUAUUUUUUUCCAGCACUUAGAAUUUGCUGGUCACUUCCAAACGUUGCAAACCUAAUUUAAAUGUCACCUUCAGUUGUCGAAAAAAGUCACUAAGAUGUAAGUAUAGAGUGGUAGUUUAGAAAUCAUAUGCCAGAAACUGUAUUCCCAAGAGUGUUGUCCUCUUGGAAAUGGUCAUCUAGGAAAGCCGUGUACUUACUUUGGUUAUGUUGUUCCUGUUCAAAACACCCCUUUUGUAACAUACUUUCAAAUAUUAUCUUAAUAUGAUUCUGUGUAGCAGUUUGUUUUUAGAAACCAAAUGUAUCUUCGUGCAUGUUCCUAAACUAAUAGUUUUUUUUAAUUUUCAAGGAACAUGAAAAAUCAUUUGUGUUAAGAUUUUAUAUAUAUAUGUGUGUGUGUGUAGGUAUUCCUCAACUGCAAAAACAACACAGAGACUCUCUGGGCUUUCAUAUACUUAUUCACUACAUUCAGAAAAAACCUCAUUUGACCGAAGACCAAAUUAAAGCCCUGUGUUUUCUUGCGGGUGCUGAAUUUAGACAACAGAGCAAAACGGCUGCAGGCAUUCGGGGAGAAGUAAACUAGGUGAAAGCCUUCGCUUUACUAAGCAGCUGUUGUUUUAAAGCUUCGUUGCCAUGUGGUGAUCAAGGUGUAACCUAGAUCAGUUCUCCUCAAAGUGCCAGUGAGAUAAGGAGUUUGAGCCAAAAUGCAAAUAAAGAUACUGCUUCCUUCCUUGAGAAAGUCUUGCUAUGAUAAAAAAAAAAAUUGUGAGUUUAGCUAAACAGUAUGUUUAAUAGCAUAGUUGAUUUACAUUCUGAUGCAAAUUCCUUACGUCCUAACAGACCAAACAGUUCAGAGUGGCAGCCGGUCUGUGGAGCACGUUUGAGUAUCACUGACAUAACUGAAAUAGAAAUUACUUACAGAUGCAACAGUAAGAUGAGGGAAAAAAUUACUGCACUAAUACUGUCUCACUGCAUUUUGUAGCGUGUACAGUAAACCUUGCUUGAGGUGUAGAUCGAUUCAACCUGGUUUUUAUUCUAAAGGUAAAUUUCUAUAAACUAAGUUCCAUUUUUAUAUUGUCUUUUAUUAUUAAAACAAAAAUAUCUUUCUCUUUGCCAUGUAACACAUUUGUGAUUUAAUUCAGUGCCUAAGUGGCAUUUAUUUCAUAGCCGUUCAUAAAUCCAUGUACUUUUUAAGUAUGAAACCACUUUUUAACAAAAAAAUAUCAUGGGUUUUCACAUGAUGGUAAUUACACUUUUAGUGUCUUGACCACAGGCUACUGUGAACACAGAAAUGUUUUUAAAAAUUUAGGUUUUUAAAAUUAUUACAAUAAUAUCUACAUUUGAAAAAUAGUUUUGCAAGGUGCUUGGUGUAUAUAUGAAUUUGUGGACUGGCAGUACAGAGUGAGAACUGCUAAUGUAUAGAAUUACUAAAAAGCAUUGCUAGUAAUUUUUCAGUGUAUUAAAAUAUGUAAAUAAAUAUAUCUUGUUCAGA